GUAAAUUUAAUUUUCAACAACUAAUUUGAUUCAAUCAACAACAAUUCAUGUGUUAGAAUUUUUAAAGCGGAUCAAUUCUACGUCCAAUUCUAAUAACAAAUUCAUCAUGGGUGCAGUAUUCAGUUCAAUAUUUCGUGUUCCGAUGCGAAUCUUUCGACGCCUUAGCAUAAUGUAUGAUUUGAGAAACCUAAAGAUCAUCAAAAUGGCCAAAGCAAAAGAACGUUUACGACAACAAUACGAGAAGCAGCAAGAGCAAGAGGAAGAGGAAAACCAAAUGAACGACGUGUAUCCCGAUUUUGUGAUGGAAAAGCCGCAAAAAAUUGUGAAAAGCACCAAACCAGACGGCAAUCGGAUGGAAACUUUUGUCAACUUUUUGCGGCAGAUAUUCAACGUUAAUCAAAUACGAUUUUUGUUUGUUCUCAUGAAAAGCGACACCAAAGAGAAUGACAUAUCGAGACGUUUUCUGCUAUUCUGGAUGGGAAUCAGCUACACAUUGCUCUACUUCUACAUUCAGGUCUAUGUGUUUGAGAAAUUUCAAACAUUGACACUGCUGCUGGUGACAGUGAUGGCCAUCACGACCAUCAUUCUGCCGCAAUUCUCACGUUGGGCACAAUCGUUUUCAUUGAUUCUCAUGCCACGCAGCGUCAUGAUCGUAUUGCGUGGUGCCAUACUGAGCGUAAUCGCUUUUCAGAUACACACCGUCACCCGUUUCAAUAUUGAGAGAAACUAUAAAAUUCUGGUCACCAGCAUACAAUGCAACGUGAGGAAAACUGAACGAUUCGCGUCACAAUCCAAGUCAUUUGGUUUUGGCGACACCAGAGGGCAGAAGAGUUUUCGUUUCAAUUUCGUUAAUCCGUUCAAACCGUUUGUGGAAUCCGUCAAAAGUUAUGCCUUGUCGAUUUCUGAAUUUUUCCAACGAACACAAGCAUACCUGGACAAAGUGAAUGCAGUAGGCAAUUGGAUCGCAGACAAAUUCACUUGGCUUCCUUCAAUAGAUUUCGGCAUCACCGGAUUCCUGGUCGAUAACAUAGCAAAACCGCUAGGAAACCAGGUAAACCAGAUUACCGACAACAUUGGAAAACAAAUUCUUAGUUGGUUCGAAAUUAAAUUUCACUCCAACUAUCACUUUUAUUGGAAGAGUUCACAACCCAAUCAAACGAUAGGAUCGGUCAUUGCGGAUUCGCUCAAUGAAGUGGUCGAAAGGCAUUCGUACAUUCAAUAUGUCAUGAGCUUUGUCGAACAGCUGGUCCACUUUUACGUAUUCACCGUGUUCAUAUUGAUUUUCUUUCCGUAAUUAUCAACAACACUAAUCAAUCGACCACUAAUAAUUAAUAACCAAUAAUAAUCAAAACCAUCAUUAUAGACCCCUGUUGUACAUUUACAAAUUCAGACGUCGUCCAAGUUUCGACAAUUUCUACAUAACCGAUAAACUGAUUGCCUACGACGAAGAAA